AUGUUGCGCAGUCACACGCUGGUCAGAGCUCCAAAUUCUUGCCCGGACGAUUAUACGGUAUCAACAAAGCAGUACCAAGUUGACAAUAACUCGAUUCAUGUUUAUCAAAAUUACUCAUUUGUCUAUACGGCAACUACCUCAUUCACAGCGUUCACGUUUGCCUGCCGUAAUGAUGGCGGCUCUUGGUAUUUAGAUGAUGUAUCCAUGGUUGUAUUUGGAGGUGGACCAGAACUAAUUGAAAAUGAUGGAUUUGAAUUCGAAGAUUUAUCAUUUUGGGAUUAUUGUAAUCCGGGUGAUGAUGAAAUAUUGGGUUGGGACUUAACAGCUGAAGCAAAUGUAAACAGCGGUACAUUUGCUGAAACAUCACCAAAUUUGAAACUGUUAUAUUAG